AUGUUCUCCGCGGGAAACACGGACGUCGGCCCCGAGCUUUCGUCGACCAAUCGGAUGCGUUCCCGAGACAAGGAUGACGUAUCCCUCUUGCUUUCUGCCCUCAUGUCGAGCUCGCUCCCUAGCUAUAUCUACACCGUGGCCUUCGCUCUCCUCGCUCUCCUCAACGACCUAGAGUCGACCUGCGCAUACCCGCCCUCUGCCUCCGCAACCUCUCUUCCGACCCAUCCCAUCCCUUCAGCUCCGCAUCAUCUUCCAGCCCUCGCAAUCGCAACGACACACUCCUUCCCCCUUCCCUUCCCUUCUCCUGUCCACCUAUCUAUUCGCCGUCCCAGUACCUCUCCUCCACCGCUCUCGCAGGCCUCAAACGCGCAGAUGUACAUCUCCGUCCACGCUCCGAUCGACAAGAUCUAUUAUCCAGGGUCUCAUUGCAGCUGA